CAUAUGACGUCCUCCCAUUCCCUGGGACACAGCGGAUCACCGAUCAACGGAAAGAGCCGAAGAUGUCGGCUCAGUCAUGUGAUCAGCUGUGUCCAAUCACAGCUGAUCACAUCAGUGCCACCUGUCAGUGUCCAUCAGUGCCAGCUGUCAGUGCUCAUCCAUGCCACCUGCAAGUGCCCAUCAGUGCCACAUUUCAAUGCCUACCAGUGCACAUCAAUGCCACAUAUUAGUGCCCAUCUGAGCUGCCUUUCAGUGUCACCCAUCAGUGCCACCUAUCAAUGCCAGUCAGUGCCACCUAUCAGUGCUGCCAGUCAGUGCCGCCUAUCAGUGCAAGUGCCGCCUAUCAGUGCCAGUCAGUGCCGCCUAACAGUGACAGGCAGUGCCGCCUAUCAGUGCCAUAUAUGAGUGCUGCCUUUCAGUGCCCAUCAGUGAUGCCUGUCAAUGUCCAUCAGUG